GCCACUGACUUGACUCCAGGAUCAGAAAGGCAUUUGAGGAUCAGCUAAUAUCAUGAACCCAGUGCCCACAGAGGAAAAUCAUGGACAACAAAAAUGAAUCUGUCAUUACUGAAUUCAUUCUUCAGGGAUUCACAGGCAAUCCCAGAAUGCAGUUUUUACUUUUUACAAUCUUCCUCUUUGUUUAUGCCAUCUCUGUCUUAGGGAAUGUUGGGAUGAUUCUGUUGAUUUCCACUAACACCCAACUUCACAAACCCAUGUAUUACUUCCUGGGCAACCUCUCCUUUGUUGAUCUCUGCUGCUCUUCAGCCAUUUCUCCAAAAUUGCUGAUUGACUUGUUGGUUGAAGGAAAAAGAAUUUCACUUGGUGCUUGUGCUACACAGAUCUUUCUGAUUGCUGCAUUUGAAGUUACAGGAUGUGUUUUGUUGGCUAUGAUGGCCUAUGACAGAUAUGUGGCCAUCUGCAAUCCACUUCUCUACCCAGCUAUUAUGUCCAAAAAGAUCUGCCAACAAAUGAUUGCUGUUGCAUAUUGCAUAGGCCUAAUGGAUACAACAAUAUACACAUCCUCAAUAUUUCGACUGAUAUUCUGUCGGUCAAAUGUUAUCAAUCAUUUCUUCUGUGACACACCUCCACUCUUAAUGAUCUCCUGUUCAGAUACAUACAACAGUGAAAUAGUGAUAAUUGUCGUUACUAGCUUUGUUGAAGUAAGCAGCAUAGCUAUGAUUCUUGUAUCCUAUGCUUAUAUUUUGAGUACAGUCCUGAGAAUGCACUCUGUUGAAGGCAGGCACAAAGCGUUUUCCACCUGCAGCUCUCACCUGACAGCUGUUGGCAUAUACCAUGGGACAAUACUCUUCACGUACUUUCGACCCAGCUCCAGCUAUUCCAUGGACCAAGACAAAUGGGCCUCAUUGUUCUACACAGUUGUGGUCUCCAUGUUCAACCCUCUCAUCUAUAGUCUGAGGAAUAAGGAGGUGAAAGAUGCUGCAACCAAAUCCAUGGGCAACAUAUGGAUUUUUAAAGGGAAUAAUCCUAGAUACAUUUAAUGGACAAUUUCAAUUAGUCUGCCAAACUAGGACAAUAUUGUUUAUGAUUUAUGUGAUUUGGAGUGAUCAAGGAGUUCAUAAAUGCCAUGAGAUAAUGACUUUGUUUUAUGAUUGUUGUUUCUAAAGAAGAAGAAUAUUAGUGAAAAUCAAUAUAUUUGUACAGUUUUUUUAAAGGUUGGCUUCUGUGUUCUGGUGCUUUUGAGAGUCAUCAUAUAUUAAUUGGGUGCAGAUUAAUAUUGUAAACAAUCAUGCUAUUGUAUCAUAAGCCUGGUAUUUUAUCCAGAUGGUUUUUGGAUCUGUGAUUAUCAUAUUUGCAAUGUUAAUAAUAGCUAUUUCCAUAUUAUUUCAAUAAAAAAUCAAACA